CGGGAAGCCGGGGCCGUGAGGAAUCGGGAGGAGCUGGGUGCGCUGACAGGCGCUGACCGCCCUCCUGCCCGCCUCCUGAGGUCCUGACUGCCGCGACAAGACGUCCCCUCUCCAGAGGGAAGGGCAAGGUCUGAGAGGCCCCUCCGCAGGCUCUCCGGCAGGCACCAGCGUCCCAGCAUGGCCCGCUGAGGCCAACCAUGACCGGCUGGCCAGCACUCGCCACUGACCACCCAGAGUCACACCGUGCCAGGAGGUGACCCUCCUCCAGCCGCCCACCCCCCAUCCCGGCCCAGGAAAGUGCCCGCGGCUGCCACGGACACCAUGUAGUAGGGCCGGCCGCGGCGCCCAGCGAGCUGCGAUGGUUUUGUACACGACCCCCUUUCCCACUAGCUGUCUGUCCGCCCUGCACGCUGUGUCCUGGGCCCUCAUCUUCCCAUGUUACUGGCUGGUGGACCGCCUGGCAGCCUCCUUCCGGCCCACCACCUACGAGAAGCGCCAGCGGGCGGACGACCCCUGCUGCCUGCAGCUGCUCUGCACCGUGCUCUUCACGCCCGUCUACCUGGCCCUCCUCGUGGCCGCGCUGCCCUUCGCGUUUCUUGGCUUCCUUUUCUGGUCGCCUCUGCAGUCCGUGCGCCGGCCCUACGUCUACUCACGGCUGGGGGACAAGGGUGCAGCCGGCGGGGCAGCCCUGCUUGGCGAAUGGAAGGGCACGGGAACUGGCAAAAGCUUCUGCUUCGCCACCGCCAACCUCUGCCUCCUCCCCGACUCGCUGGCCAGGCUCAACAACCUGUUUAACACCCAGGCCCGGGCCAAGGAGAUCGGGCAGAGGAUCCGCAACGGCGCCGCCCGGCCCCAAAUCAAGAUCUACAUCGAUUCGCCCACCAACACCUCCAUCAGCGCGGCCAGCUUCAGCAGCCUGGUGUCGCCGCAGGGUGGCGAUGGCGGGGCCCGGGUCGUCCCUGGGAGCAUUAAGAGGACAGCCUCGGUGGAGUACAAGGGCGAUGGUGGGCGUCACGGUGACGAGGCUGCCAAUGGCCCAGCCCCUGCUGACCCGACUGACGGCGGCGGCCUUGAGGAGACCUGCAUUGUGCGCAUCGGUGGCGAGGAGGGGGGCCGACCCCCUGAGGCUGACGACCCUGCCCCUGGGAGCCAGGCCAGGAACGGGGCCGGCGGGGGCCCCAGGGGCCAGACACCCAACCACAGUCAGCGGGACGGGGAUUCUGGGAGCCUGGGCAGCCCCUCCGCCUCCAGGGAGUCCCUGGUGAAGGCACGAGCCGGGCCGGAUGGCAGCAGCGGCAGCACGGAGCCCGGCUCCAACAGCAAGCUCCUGUACAAGGCCUCAGUGGUGAAGAAGGCAGCCACGCGCAGGAGGCGGCACCCGGAUGAGGCCUUCGACUACGAGGUCUCGGCCUUCUUCCCUGCCAACCUGGACUUCCUGUGCCUGCAGGAGGUGUUUGACAAGCGGGCGGCCGCCAAGUUGAAAGACCAGCUGCACGGCUACUUCGAGUACAUCCUGUACGACGUGGGGGUGUACGGCUGCCACGGCUGCUGCGGCUUCAAGUUUCUCAACAGCGGCCUCUUCUUUGCCAGCCGCUACCCCGUCAUGGACGUGGCCUAUCACUGUUACCCCAACGGGCGAGGCUUCGACAACCUGGCCUCUAAGGGCGCGCUGUUUCUCAAGGUGCAGGUGGGAAGCACACCUCAGGACCAAAGAAUCGUCGGGUACAUCGCCUGCACACACCUGCACGCCCCGCCAGAGGACAGCGCUGUCCGGUGUGAGCAGCUGGACCUGCUUCAGGACUGGCUGGCUGAGUUCCGAAAAUCUACCUCCUCGUCCAGCACAGCCAACCCCGAGGAGCUGGUGGCGUUCGACGUCGUCUGCGGAGAUCUCAACUUUGACAACUGCUCCUCUGACGACAAGCUGGAGCAGCAGCAUGCCCUGUUUACCCGCUACAAGGACCCCUGCCGCCUGGGGCCUGGGGAGGAAAAGCCAUGGGCCAUUGGUACCCUGCUGGACAUAAACGGCCUCUACGACGAAGAUGCGUGCACGCCCGACAACCUGCAAAAGGUCCUGGAGAGCGAGGAAGGCCGCAGGGAGUACCUGGCCUUCCCCACCAGCAAGAGCCCGGGGGGCGGCCAGAAGGGGCGCAAGGACCUGCUCAAGGGCAGCGGCAGGCGCAUCGACUACAUGCUGCACGCUGAGGACGGGCUCGGCCCCGACUGGAAGGCCGUGAGUCCACGCAGCCCCUCUGCUCCCCAUCACGAGACCUGCCCUCCCCUUAGCCCUCUGGGAGCCCCAGGCUGCCCCCUCCACCAGGUCCCACCUUUGCAAGUUGCCCCCUGGGGUCUAAUCAGAGCGCCUCUCUCCUCUCCCACUCAACCCAGGAGGUGGAAGAAUUCAGUUUCAUCACCCAGCUGUCGGGCCUGACCGACCACCUCCCGGUGGCCAUGCGGCUGAUGGUGUCUUCGGGGGAGGAGGAGGCCUAGAGCAGCCAGUCGCCGGCCGGCGUCUGCAGCAGGGCCGCGCCAGCCCUCUGAGCCGCAGCCCGCCCCCGGGCCCUGUCCCCUCCAUGGAGCGCUUGCCCGGUGCUGGGGGAGGUGGGCAGGGGGCGAGGGGGCAGGGAAAGCCUGGCAGCCAUGCAGCUGCAGCCCUGGGCCCCUCGGUGGACUGAGGACUCUGGCCAGCCUGGGGAGCCCUGGCUGCCUAACCAGUGCCAUUCUUUCCAAACACGAUUUUCUACAAACCUACAGCACAACCUAGUUUGUAACCCACGGGUUAGUUGAGAACCGGGUUUAUGUACUCUUUGUAUCUCUUCUCGAGCUUUGUCCAGAGUUCAUUAUUUUUGUCUGCUGCCAAUGUCGUCUCGCAUGCCUGCACCCUCGCAUGCACGCUGCCCGCAUGCCACGUGCCACGCUGUAGCCACACAGACCCCUUGCUCGGGCCUCACCCAAGGCCAAACUCCAAACACAAUAAGAACCAGCCAAAGAAGCGCCCCCUGGGCUCGGCCGUCAGCUCUGCCGCCUCAGCCAGGAUGCGCAGGCGGGGACUCAGGGCUCUUCCAGCCCAGGGCUCUUCCCAGGGUCUUCAAGGGCGAUUGUAUUUUAAAAAGAAAAACAGAAAAUGUUAAAAACAAAAUCCACCCUUCAUUUUAAGGGUAUAACCUGCUGCAGGGGCAGGGGCCCACCUGCAGCCCAGCAGCCAACUGCUCCCUGGCUCCCUGCAGGCCGCGCUGGGCAAUGGAGGCAGAACCAGGAAAUUGGAGAAGAGGGCGUCACUUUUUUUACGAGCUUAAAGGGGGGAGGGGGGCCUUGAUUUCAGAACUGAUAGAUUUGUAGCUUCUAUCAAAACUAAACACAUCCUCUCCUUUCCCGAUCCCCUCUCCCUUCCGGCCACCCCACCCCCACCCCGCCAUGGCUGACAGCUCAGGAACUGUCUGCCUCCGAGUGGGGCUGGGCUCUGCCUCCCGGGCCCAUCCUCAGCAGCUACUACCCUAGCCAAGCCGGGCUGGGGGGUCCUGGAGAAAGGGACAGAAGGCCAAGGAGUGGAGAGCACACCUCUCCCCUCGCCAGUGUGCAGGCAGAGCUGGCAAGGCCAACAGCUGCUGCUGGACCGGGGCAGUGGUGGGUGGUACUGGUUGGCACUGCAGGCACACAGAAGCCACCAUGCCACCCUUCACCCGGGACCAGCCCCAGGCACCUGGCUCAGCACAGCAAAGCAGCCAACAGCCCACGGUCCCCCCAUCUGCUCCAGGCCUACAGCUCCCAGGCGCCCAGCAGCACUGCCUCUGCCAUCCUGCCUUUAAACAGCUGGGCCGCACCCCAGUCUCACAGGGAGGCCUCUGCCUGCUGCAGGUGCCAGGCUCCGACGCAAGGUACAGUUUGUGACAACCUGCACUGGCCUCCCUCCUUGAAGCGCCUGAUUGCGUAUCCAGCCUGGCUCAGAGCCAGCUCGGCAUGGCCAGGCUGAUGGGAGCACCAGGACCCGGCUACUGGAACCUCCUGGUGCUGGCGCGCCAAAGCUGUGCCUUGUCACACACACUGAACCGCAAAAAGGGGCCAGGCCCUGUGCUGGGAGGGGGUGGAACACACUGCAAAGCAUGGAGAGCUUGGCAAGAACGUGCAUCCACUGUGACGCUGGCCUGCCUGCGGCCCCCAGGGCCCAGAAGGCCCUUCCCUUGCCCAAGUCCUCCCAGUGCUCUCUGCCUCGCCUCCUCCUCCAAGGGUCCCGCCUGUUAGGGCCUGGCUUCAUGGUGUGAGUCCCCUGCUCUGAGAACAGCUGGGACUCUAGACCCACACAGGCCCGGAUCUGCGGGCAGGCCCAGCUCCUAGGCCUCCCAGGACCAGGGCUGUGCGUGUGAGCGGCACGGCAAGGCGGAGGCUCCAGCAGCUUCUGCUCCAAGUGGAGCACAAGUGGAGUCAGGGCCACAUGUGUGCCUCCCUCCUGACUCCCAGGUGGCCUCAGGCAAGUCACAGCGCCCCGUGCCUCGGUCAUUUUCUGUCAUCACAAGGUCACCUCUGCCCAGCCAGGUCCUGGGUCCAGAGGAGGGACAUCCGCCUACCAGCCCCGUCCUAUCCCUCCACGCCAUGCCUGCAGACUCCAGGGCUUGUGUACAAGCCAGGCUUUUCCACUUCCAUUUUUUAAAAAAAACAAACUGCCGGGAUCUCAGACUCUAUGGCAUCCAAGUCCUGGGAGGGAGGGGACACAGGGGCCACCCAGGCCCCAGACCAAGGCUCCGUCCGCCCUGGCUCAGGCUCGAGAGGCCAUGAGGCACUGGGUCAGCCUGGGAAAGAAGCAUUCAUUUCCAUUUGUCCACACCCACCCUGAGUUUUCAGUAUUUAGCCCUGAUGCUUUUUAACUAUUGUAUUAACUUGCUGAGAUUUAGAAAUACUGUUUUAAAAAAGGAAAAAAAGAAGCCUUUUUUAAUUUCUGUAUUUUUUUCUGUAUUGUAUCUUCAUGGGACAUUAGGGGUUUUAUAUGGUAAGCACACCUAAGGUUUUGGUAAAAACAUUAUCAAAUAUAUAUGUAGACGAUUCUUCCCUAGAAGAGAAACGAUCUUUACACGUGAUGAAAUAUUUUGAAAGAGAGGUGGUUUUUGUCCUUUACUGGUGCUGAAAGGAAGGAUGGAUACCGAGGAGAAUAAAACUGUGAGGCUCAA